UGCAAAGAAAUAACUUGGCAAAGAUGACCAGACAGAUAAGAUCUGCCAACAUUGGGCUGAUUCUGGCCUUGAUCCUUUUGGCUCUUCACAGAGGAUCAUCAGUUCCAGCAUUAACAUGUGGAAUUCAACGGCCUGUUCUACGGAUAGCGGGUGGUGUGAACGCCCAGCCUGGCGAAUGGCGGUGGCAAGUCAGUGUCCAAUAUCGCAACCAACAUGUCUGCGGAGGAAGCCUCAUUAAUGAUCAAUGGGUUCUCACUGCUGCCCAUUGCUUUUACGAGAUUGGGAAACAAAUUCACCUGAACCAGUGGAGCGUGAUCUUGGGAAGUGUGAGACUGACUGGCAGGAGGGCCCGAGGGUCAAAACGGAAUGUCUCCAUGGUCAUCCCUCACGAAAACUACACCAGCUAUGAGACAGGCCAUGACAUUGCUCUGGUGCACCUGGCCAAGCCUGUGCGCUACACCAGAGACAUCGCACCCAUCUGCCUGCCCUUCGCUGACCACCGCUUUGCUUUUGGGACCCAGUGCUGGCUGACUGGCUGGGGAGACGUUGCGGCCAACGUCCACCUGCCAGACCCCAUGAACCUCCAAGAGAUAACCAUGGACCUCUUGACUGUCGACAUCUGCAACUGCAUUUACAGCAAUCUGCGCAACAGGCGGAUUGUCAACCCUGCCUUGCCUGGCAUGGUCUGCGCCAUGACUCCUGACCGCAAGAGAGGACCUUGUAAGGGCGACUCGGGUGGCCCGCUGGUUUGCCUGGAGAAUGGCCGAUGGUUCCAAGCAGGCAUCAUGAGUUCCUCCAUGAGUUGCGCCCAAUUCUACGGACCCACCCUCUUGACAGACACAAGAGCCUAUAGCAACUGGAUCCAGUCUCAUGUUGAAGGGGCCUCCUUUGCCAAUCAGAUUGAGCCCAUACCCAACACCACUGACAGUUACAUGUGCACAGGCUGUGGGGUCCUGAAACACGAGAACAGACAAUGGCCUUGGUAUACAAGCCUACAGUACGAAGGAGAGCAUGCCUGUGGAGGCACCUUAAUUGGGGAGGACCGGAUCCUGACUGCUGCCCAGUGCUUCAUUGGGUGAGUGAAAGAUGGGAGUGAGGCAGCCUCUGAGUAGGGAAGAGCCCAUGUUGGUCAAUAUCCACAUUUAUCUCAGUGACUUUGGAUUAGAUCGGAAAACUUCUUUUCAACUAAUGGUGUCCUUUG